UCUCAACAUCAGCUUCAGCUUCUGUGCGAUAGUACCUCCUGAAUACUGCUUCCCUUACUUCAUCAUGGCUCCAGCCGCUAAAUUCAACCCUCCUGCAGCCGACCUGCCCGGCAAGCCAUCUGUUCCGGAAUGGAUCCCCCCGCCCGUCACACAGCAGAAGGAGAACUUCGCCGAGCUGACGUCCAUCGACUUGUCCUUGAUGGACUCGGACGAUCCGGCAGUGGUCGAUGAUCUCGUGCAGCAAGUGAAGCGGGCUAUCCGUGACGACGGCUUCCUUUUCCUAGAGAACUAUGGCGUUUCGCUAGAGCAGCUGCACCGACAAUUCGCCCUUGCUCAAUACCUGUACAAGAACAUUAGUGAAGAGGAUAGAGAACGUCUUCUCUUCAGCCCAGAGACAGGUGUAUGGUCUGGUUACAAGCAUCCAUAUGGCUUCAAGCGCCAUCGCGGACCUGCGGACGGUAUCGAGCAGUUCAAUUGGUACAAGCCUGACUGGCAAGAUCUUGAUCGCAUUCCGAAAUGCCUUCACCCCUUCAUGGACGAGAUCGAAGAGUUCUGCAACUACCUGACCAAGUCCGUCAACCGCCGCCUCCUCACACUCUUCUCGCGAGUGCUCGAAUUACCCGAUGACUACCUCUGGGACAACGUUCAGUCCCACGAUGGCCCGACCGGCGAGGGGUACUUCCGCCACGCACUCUUCCGCCCUGUGCAAAAGCAGACUCAAGAGGCAUCCAAGGGGCUACGCAUGCACGGACACACCGACUUCGGUCUCACAACACUUCUCUUUUCCGUUCCGAUCUCGUGUCUACAGAUCUGGGGCGAGGACGAGAAAUGGUACUACGUACCAUACAAGCCCGGCGCGCUGGUCAUCAACAUCGGCGACACACUGGAAAUCGUAUCGGGCGGGCACUUCAAGGCCACCCGACACCGGGUCUUCAAGCCGCCUGUCGACCAGCUCGACCAGGAGCGCCUCUCGCUGGUGCUGUUCAACAGCUCGCUCGGCGACAUGCGCAUGACACCCGCACAAGAAUCCCCACUCAUCCAGCGCGAAGGCUGCGUCGAAGACCAGGGCAUCUACAAGGAGUUCAAGAAGCGCACGCUGCAGGGCGAACUGGUCCCGACCAAUCGCCAGUGGCGCGAGAUCCAGAUCGCAAGCGCUACGGAUCCGACGGAUACGGUGCACAACCGCGUUGGCGUGCAUCAGGUCAUCAUCGAUGGGAAGCUCAUGCAUCAGCGAGAGUACAUGGGCGUCAAGGUUGUGCUGCCGGUGUAG